AUGGCGAUCCAGGGAAGAGUAGCCGAGUACUUUCCCCCUCUCUCCCGGCCAUUUGAUGGCAACCUGUCGACCUCCAAACGCGAUCUCCAGACGUUGCGUCGACGUCAGCGCGAGGAUGUCUCCAUCCUUCGUCGCAACGCCAUUCGGCGUCCCUCUCACGCCCGCCCCCAUUACAUCGUGAUCAACAACAUCGCGAUACGUACCGGUACCGGGCGCUCACAAACUCCUGCCGCGUCGGAUGAUGCCAAUGAGGCGACACCACUCGAACCUCAACCAUCCGCCAACAGCACUCUGGGAUCUGGAUUGCCAACAGAUACCCAAUUCGUUGUCCAAAGGCCCAAGCUGGGCACUGACGUGGUCGCUAAAAGACCUACCGCAACCGAGAGACAGGUUUUAUUGCUGGUUUUCCCAUCGAUCAGGUCGCACAAGCACAAGGACUAUUGGAAACAGAGCAAGCUGGAGCAACAAUUCUCCGCCUCAGCUGAUAUGGUGGGUUCAUAUCUCAAUCUGAUUACCGAGGAGAACAAAGAUUCCGUCACCGUCCAGUGA